AUUCCAAUUCUGUCUAUAUAAACCACAACCGAGAACGCUUCGCCAGGCUCUUCACCAAACCCAUCCAGAAGAGCCAUUCGAGGCCGUGGACGCCCACAGCAAACCACCAUGGCCAUCGAUCCAUUCCUCGUAGCCUGCGCUUUGCUUUGCUUCCUCCUCCACCUCGCCCUCCGCCACUUCCUCGGCAAGCCCACCUCCACCCUCCCACUCCCCCCGGGCCCCCGCGGCAUCCCCAUCCUUGGCGCCCUCCCCCUCGUCGGCUCCACCCCCCACUCCUCCCUCGCCCGCCUCGCCAGGCGCUACGGCCCCAUCAUGUACCUCAAGAUGGGCACCUGCGGCGUCGUCGUCGCCUCCUCCCCCUCCGCGGCCCGCACCUUCCUCAAAGCCUUCGAUGCGCAGUUCGCCAACCGCCCCUCCGCCAUCAGCGCAAAGGAGGUCACGUACGGCUACCAGAACAUGGUCUUCUCCAGCUACGGCCCCAAGUGGAAGCUCCUCCGCAAGCUCGCCAGUUUCCAUCUCCUCGGCGCCAAAGCCCUGGCCGACUGGGCGCCCGUGCGCCGUGCCGAGGCCGCGCACAUGGUCCGCUGCAUUCUCGACGCGGCUCGGAUAGGCCGGCCGGUCACGCUGCCCGACGUGCUCGUUUGUGCUUUCGCCAAUAUAAUUAGCCAGAUAACGCUGAGCCUGCGCAUCUUCGACGCCCAAGGGGAGGAGUCGAACCAGUACAAGGACAUGAUCGUGGAGCUGUUGACCGGCGGAGAUCUGUUUAACAUCGGGGACUUCGUGCCGGCAAUCGCGUGGAUGGACUUGCAGGGAGUGCAGGCGAAACUGAGAAGGAUUCACAAGAGGUUUGAUGGGAUGGUAACGAAGCUUUUGGAGGCGCACGCGGCGUCGGCCAAGCAACGGCAGGGGAAACCGGAUUUCUUGGAUGUGAUUAAGGCGAACAGGGAAGGAGAGGAUGGGCAGACCAUCACCGAUGUAAACAUCAAGGCGCUCGUCUUUGAUCUAUUCACCGCCGGCACCGACACAUCCUCCGUCGUCAUCGAAUGGUCCAUGGCCGAAAUGCUCAAGAACCCAAGCAUUCUGAGGCGUGCACAAGCCGAGAUGGACCGAGUCAUCGGCCGAGACCGUAAACUGGAAGAAUCCGACAUACCCCAGCUCCCAUACCUUCAGGCGAUAUGCAAGGAAGCGCUCAGGAUGCACCCUUCCACCCCUCUCAGCCUCCCCCACUUCUCCUUCGACCCAUGCGAGGUCGAAGGCUAUUACAUUCCUGGAAACACGCGUCUUCUUGUUAACAUCUGGGCUAUUGGUAGAAACCCCGACGUGUGGGAGGAUCCCCUGGAAUUCAAACCGGAGAGGUUCUUAAGCGGCAAGACAGCGGAGAUAGACCCUCAAGGCAAUUACUUCGAGCUCAUACCAUUUGGGGCUGGGAGAAGGAUUUGUGCCGGCAAACUGGUGGGAAUGGUAUUCGUCCAGUAUAUGUUAGGUACGUUGCUGCACUCCUUUGACUGGAGUCUUCCUGAAGGAGAGGAGCUCAACAUGGACGAGAAGUUUGGCCUGGCUCUCCCUAAGGCCGUCCCUCUCAAAGCCUCUGCAAGUCCACGGUUGGCACCGGAGGCCUAUAUAUGAAAUACCGUGCUUUAAUUUACUUGCGUGGUUGUUUCCCAAGGAGUUAAAUAUUUUUGUUUUAUAUCAAUGUCGAUUGAGUAACUCAGACAAUAAAUGGAUAAGGAAGCACGUAUGUGUGUGGUUGCGUGAAAAAA